AUGGCAAGCUUAGUUAUUGCAACCCUUCCCAACAUUACCACUGAUCAAUCUGCUCUUCUUGCCUUAAAGGCUCAAAUUUCUUAUGACCCCUACAAUGUUUUGACAAAUAACUGGUCCAUCGGCUCCUCUAUUUGCAAUUGGGUUGGUAUCACUUGUGGUUCUGACCAUCGUCGAGUCAUCGCAUUAGACCUUUCUUACAUGGAUCUUAUAGGCACCAUUCCUCCGGACGUGGGAAACCUUUCAUUUCUUAUUACUCUAAGCAUCGAAAACAAUAGUUUUCAUGGCUCUAUUCCCAAUGAGUUGUCUCAUCUUUACCGGUUGCAAUACUUAUCUUUUGGAUUCAAUAACUUCAGUGGAAAAAUCCCUUCAUGGAUAGGCUUGUUAUCCAAACUUCAAAAUUUGUCUCUGUAUGGUAACAAAUUUUCGGGGACUAUUCCACCAUCUCUAUCUAACAUAUCUUUGUUGCAAAUAAUUGAUCUUAGUUAUAACCAACUUUCGGGCUCCAUUCCGUCCUCCAUCUUCAAUAUAUACAACUUGAAAGUAAUUGAUCUCACAGAUAACAUGCUUUCUGGUCCGAUGCCAUCCAUUAUUUCCAACAUGUCAUUGCAAGUCAUUAACCUAAGAGCUAAUAAGCUUUCUGGUCAUUUCCCAAUGGAUAUGUUUGAAAAUCUUCCCAACUUGCAACAGUUUCUGGCAUCUAAUAAUCAGUUUUAUGGCCAACUCCCAUCCACUGUGUUCAAGUGCAAACAAUUGAAAUAUUUAUCACUGAGAGAGAAUGAUUUCAUUGGAAGUUUACCUUCAGAAAUUGAAAACUUAAUCAUGCUCACAGAGUUAUACCUUGACAACAACAUCUUUGGAGGUACUAUCCCAUCUACUUUGUUCAAGUGCAAGCAACUACAGAUUUUAUCUAUGAGGAAUAAUAAAUUUACAGGAAGAUUACCUCAAGAAAUUGGAAACUUAACAAUGCUCACAGAAUUAGACCUUUCCUACAACAACUUUAGAGGUGCAAUACCAAGUGAAAUUGGUAAUCUACAAAAACUUGAGAUCUUUGAUAUCGGUUUCAACCACUUCAAUGGUCUAAUUCCAUUUGAGAUCUUUAACAUCUCAACAGUACAAGUAAUCUCCAUGUCUUUCAAUAACUUCUCAGGCCAUCUUCCAUCAAAUGUAGGCUUCUUCCUUCCAAAUCUCCAAGAACUUUUUCUUUGGAGAAAUCAACUCAAUGGAACAAUUCCUAGCUCUAUCUCUAAUGCUCCAAAUCUCACUAUCUUAGAUCUGAGCAACAACUCAUUCUCAGGCUUGAUUCCAAAAGCACUUGGUAAUUUAAGGCUCCUUCAGUGGCUCAGCGUAGCAAACAAUAAUUUGACCAUUGAAUCUUCUACUCCAAAGGUCAACUUUUUCUCUUCUCUGUCAAAUUUGGCAUAUCUUAAACAAUUAGAUUUGUCAAGUAAUCUACUAAAUAACAUCCUUCCUGAUUCCAUUGGAAAUCUUCCAACUUCUCUUCAAGGACUUUUCAUAGAUAAUUGCAACAUUAAAGGUAGCAUUCCUAGAGAUAUAGGCAAUUUAAGCAACUUGAUGACUUUGUCCCUACGGUUCAAUGAAUUGGCUGGACCUAUUCCAUCUACGGUGGGAAGAUUGAAGAAGCUUCAAGGUUUGAGACUUGAUCAUAAUAGACUAGAAGGUCCCAUCCCAUUUGAUAUUUGUCAUUUAGAGGGCUUGGUUGAGUUGUAUUUACAUGAUAAUGAGCUUUCUGGCCCUAUUCCUGCAUGUAUAAAUAAUCUGACUUCUCUAAGAUAUCUUGACUUGCACUUCAACAAAUUGACUUCUAUGAUUCCCCUGAGUUUGUGGAGCCUUACAUAUAUCUUAAUGGUCCACUUGUCAUCAAAUUCUCUAAAUGGCUCUCUCUCAUUAGAGAUUGGAAAUUUGAAGGUCUUGACAGUAUUAAAUUUAUCAAGAAAUCAAUUAUCAGGUGAUAUCCCAACAACAAUUGGUGACCUCAAAGAUAUAAGUGAUCUCUCAUUGGCGGACAAUCGAUUAGAAGGUUCAAUUCCUGAAUCUUUUGGUGAAUUGGUAAGUUUGGAAUUCUUGGAUCUUUCCAGUAACAACUUAUCCGAAGAGAUUCCAAAGUCCUUAGAAGCACUUUCACAACUCCAAUAUCUAAAUGUCUCUUUCAAUAGACUACAAGGAAAAAUACCUACAGGAGGACCAUUUGUAAACUUCUCCGCUGCAUCAUUUAUGUCAAAUGAUGGACUUUGUGGUGCUCCCCGAUUGCGAGUCCCCCCAUGUGAAGAAGGUGUUUCUUUACCAAAACAUACCGCAAAAGCAAGUAUACUGAAGUAUGUAUUACCAACAAUUGGGUUAAUAAUGCUUCUAGUUGCUAUUCUAUUAGUAUGGACAAGACGCCGAACAGGGAAUGCAAAACUUCGAGUGGAGGCAAAGUCAUUACAACUAGCGACAUGGAAAAGAAUUUCCCAAGAAGAACUUUUUCAAGCAACAAAAGGGUUUAGUGCAAGCAACUUGCUUGGUAAAGGGAGCGUUGGAUCAGUAUAUCAGGGGACCCUCUCAGAUGGAAUGAUUGUUGCAAUAAAAGUUUUUAACUUGGCAGUAGAAGGGGCAUUCAAAAGUUUUGAUACAGAGUGUGAGGUACUACGCAAUAUUCGUCAUCGGAAUCUUGUCAAAAUCAUCACCACAUGUAGUGGCAUUGACUUCAAAGCUUUUAUAUUGGAAUACAUGCCUAAUGGAAACCUAGAGAAGUGGUUGUAUUCUCUAGACCGUUGUUUGAGUAUCUUACAAAGACUAAAUAUAAUGAUCGAUGUCGCGUCAGCACUAGAAUACCUUCAUUUUGGUUAUUCAACACCUAUUGUUCAUUGUGAUUUGAAGCCCAGCAAUAUCUUAUUAGAUGAAGAUAUGGUCUCACAUGUUGCUGAUUUUGGCAUUGCCAAACUGUUAGGUGAUGGGGAUUCUAUGAUGCGAACCAUGACCCUCGCUACUAUUGGGUAUAUGGCACCAGAGUAUGGAUCAGAAGGAAUUGUUUCUACAAGAGGAGAUAUGUAUAGUUAUGGCAUUUUGCUGAUGGAAACUUUCACGAGAAAGAAACCUACAGAUGACAUGUUUGGCGGAAAAAUGAGCUUGAAGAGUUGGGUAGAGGAAUCUUUACCCCUUUCAGUAACUAAAGUUGUUGAUGCCUAUUUGUUGAGAACUGAAAUAGAUUAUGCUUCUACGGAGAAUUGUAUGGUGUCCAUAAUGGAAUUGGCUUUGCAAUGUUGUUCUGAGUUACGUGAGAAGAGGACUAAUGCUAAAAGCAUUUUAACCACACUCAACAAGAUCAAAUUGAAGUUUCUACAAGAUACUAAAAGAAGCUAAUA